UGAUCAAACUCAUGCAUUAUUUCUUAGACAUUAUACUUGCUUUCACUUUCACUUUCAAUUCUCGAGGGAAACCCUUCUAGAUUUAAAAAAAGAUCUGAUUCCAAAAAUUUCCAUGCUAGAUCAUUUAGAAGUUUAGAUAUUAAGUUUUUAGUUUCCAAUAAGAGGAGCAUAUGCGAUUAUUGAGCACAGGUAUGCAUUGGUUAUAAAACAAUGAAUGAUUAAUAAAGAUGUUUAAAAGAAAGAAUCCAACAGAGUCAGAUGAGCCAGCAGAAAAGAGAAGUAGACUUUCUGAUGAAGGAGUAAAUGAAGAUGAUAGAGAGGAUGACAUUUCUGAAGAGAACACCAGUCUACAGGAUGAUAAAACCUCUACAUCUAUUACCCAAUCACCAAGCAGUUCUUCUUAUACAAGUUUCCUGGGAAAAUUUAUGCCAAAUUUAUCUUGGAGAAAAACUAGUGAUAGUCCAGUUGUGACUGAAAAAGGAGACAACUCCAUCAAAGAUGAAAGUUCAAGGGGUUCAGUAUCUAACAGAAACAGUUUGUCCCCCAUAAAAGCAAGUUCUAUGUUUACAGACCGUAAAGGUACUGUUUCACUAGAAGGUAAAAUCAAACUGAAGAAUAAAUGGACAGAUGAUCUUCUAGAUCCUACUACUGAGGAGUACCAAACCUUGACAACAGAUUUUGUCAAAGAGAUUAAUGAACUGCUGCAGAACAGUAAUGUGUCUAAAGUUUAUAUGAAUGAUGUAGUUGUUAUUAAAUACAGCAAUAUACAGAACAAUACAAGAUCUACAAGAAAAAGUCCAGGGAAUAUAAUGGUUCAUUCAGAGAUGACAUUCCACCAUACAUAUACAAAACUAUUUAGUAAUCUGAAGGAGCUUUGUGAUAACAUAGAAGAUUUUAUCAUACUCCAGUCCUCACUAGGAGAAACAGGAGACACUACCAUACAAAUGGAGGAUGGAGCGGACUCUGUCAUUAUAAACCAGAAGGAAGAGAAGGAAGAGAAAACCAUAGAAAUAGAGGAAGAGGAAAAUAUGUCACAGAAUGGCCAUACAGAAGAUGCAUCAGAUAAAGAAGUAACUGAGGAUAAGUUUGUUGAUGCAGAACAGAUUGUAUCAAUUGAUGUUGAUGAAAUAGAGGACAGUAAUGAUAUAACUGUAGAACAGAAGACAGAAACCAAUGGUAAACAAGGUGAAGCAUCAGGUGGAGUACACAAUAAAGUAAAUGGAAGAGAAAUUUCUGUAACAGAAAGUAUGGAUGACAGUGGUGCCCAUUCAGAAGGAGAGGUGAUAAUUAUUGGAAAGUCAAAGAUACCAGAUGUCAUCAGUGAGGAGCCAGAGUCCAAAGUUAGAAAGGCUGAAGCUAUGGAGAAGAAAACUAAAAGAACACCAGAAAAGAAAGAUAAACCAAAGAGUAAGAAAGACAAGACCAAGCAGGAAUCUUCUAGAGAAGACCAACCAUCAGGCAGUGGUCUGCAGCCAAAAAUUCCAAAAGAAACAAAAACUCCAGAAAAGGAAGCAGAAGAAGAGUCUGACAAUGAUGAUGUUCCAUCUGAUCCAAGCGUACCAACGUCUGUAGCUACUACAUCAAACAGUAUUACAUUAAAAUGGAACCGGCCUAAACGAGGCGUCAAAUCUGUUGACCAUUAUGAAAUUAAAUAUAAGGAAUGUAAGAAGGGGAAAGGAAAGUGGGUAUCUGUUUUGUCAGAGGGAGCAGAAAGAACUGUCAAAGUGAAGGACUUGAAAGCUGAGACAAAAUAUGAAUUCAAAGUUCGUGCUGUGAAUGAAGACGGUGAAGAGGGGCCAUUUUGUUUCCCAAUCAAAUUGUCAACAGUAUCAUCCUUGGCAAGAUCUCUCAUUCCAAAGGCCAAUAAGAUAGAAGAUGGUCACCCAGUUGUUUACAAGCUGCCAUUAACUAAAAACAUUGAUACAGUCAAUGAACUUGCUAAAACAAGGAAAUGUGUAUUUGGAUCAGCUUCAGAAAAUGUUCCUGGUAGAGAGAAAACUAUAAUGGUAAUAGGGGCCACAGGAUCAGGGAAGACAACUCUUGUUGAUGGAAUGAUAAAUUACAUCACUGAUGUAUCAUGGGAAGAUGAGUUCAGAUUCUCUAUGGUAGAUCUUACAGAUGAUGAGAAGAAGAGGAAAGCUAGUGAAUCUGAAUCUCAAACAGAAUGGAUCACAUGUUAUACAAUAAACAAGAUGGAAGGCAGUACUAUAGAUUAUACCCUAAACAUCAUAGAUACUCCUGGAUUUGGUGAUACUAGGGGUAUACCACGUGACAAGAGAAUAGUCGAUCAGAUCAGAGAAUUUUUCACCACACCUGGACGUCAGGGGAUUACAUGUCUUGAUGCAGUGUGUUUCGUUACACAAGCCCCUCUUGGUAAACUUACUCCACCACAGAGGUACAUAUUUGAUCAGAUCUUAUCCGUCUUCGGUCAGGAUAUUAAAUCUAAUAUUUUUGUUCUGAUAACAUUUGCAGAUGCCAAUGAACCACCAGUAAGGGCAGCUUUGAAGGCAGCUAAUGUGCCUUAUCAAAAAUCUUAUAAAUUUAAUAAUUCAGCAUUAUAUGCAUCACCUGAAAACCAAGCUGAAGCCGAGAUGGGAAAUUUAUUCUGGAAAAUGGGAAGAGAAAGCUUCAAGACUUUUUUUGAUGAGUUGAGAACAGUGGAAUCUAAAAGUUUAGUACUCACAUCAGAAGUAUUACAGGUAAGGAAGAGACUUGAGACUACUAUUCAGGGGUUACAGAAGCAGAUUGCUGAUGGUAUGAACCAACUCAAUACUAUUAAACAGGAAAAAGAAAUUCUAAAGAGACAUAAAGAGGAUAUAAAGGCAAAGAAGGAUUUUACAUAUGAAGUGGAUGAGGUUCACAUGUAUCAGGUUGACCUUGAACCUGGAGUUUAUGUUACUAACUGUAUGGCAUGUAACAGAACAUGCCACUUCCCAUGUGGCAUUCCUGAUGACAAAAACAAACAAAACUGUGCUGCUAUUGAUGGUGAUAAGUGUACCAUAUGUCCAAUGCACUGUCACUGGAAUAUUCACAAAAACAAUCCCUUCAGAUUUGACACUUACACCAUGAAAGUCACUAAGACGUAUGAUGAAUUAAAGAAAAAGUAUGAAGUUGCUCAGAAAGAAGCCGAAAAACAUAAAGGUGUUCUUGGGAAAGUGAAAACAGCUUUUUCAACACUUGGUCAAGAUGUAAUGAAGAUGGUCCACGAGGUCCGUCUCUACAUCAAUAAGUUACACGACAUUGCUCUAAGACCAAAUCCACUCAGUGAUAAAGAUUAUAUUGAUCUUCUGAUUGAAAGUGAGAAAAGUGAGAGAAAAUAUGGAUGGGAUAAAAGAAUAAGUUUGUACAACAAAUUGAGAGAAGAGGCAGAAUUAUUGGAGCAGAUGCACCAUAAGAACUUCAAACCUUGGGUAUACAUAGACAGUGAUGAGAGUGAUGAGGAUGACGAUGAAUCACAAGACAAUACCGAUGAUGACGAAAAGACAGAUGAUUCCCAAGAGAAUGAUGAUGAGGAAGAUUACAAACCCAAGGACUUGCCCCUCUAUCAAGAACCAGAUAUGGAUGUGGAAUAAGUUGUUAAAACUGCCCAUGUUUUAUCUUUAAUGUCUUAUGAGAAACUUUUCAAAGGCAGCUGUUUUAACCAUUUAUGGAACUGUUUUAGUUACAGUGAGCUGUAAUCGUCUUUUAGAAGAGUUUUGGUCAUUUACUUUGAUGCAUCAUAUAAUCAAGAGCAUGUCUUUUGUUAAAAUAUAUCUGUCUAUGAAUAUUAUCUAUUGUUUUAUCAUUACAGAGGGACUAAAAAAAAACAAAAAAAACCCCAAUUAGAUAUCAGUUUAAAUAUAUGUCGUAAGGUCGCAUUUAAAAAUUUUUAAUGAGAAAUCUUUGCCUUUAAUUUUAGGAUACCAACAAAGUCUAUAUUGCAAAAACUUAGUGUACUGCAUUAAAUUGAUAGGAAGCCCUUUGACCUUGGUUUUUUAUAUAAAUAGUUACUAUAAGUAACCUAUGCAUGCAGUUGAAAGAUAAUAAAGAUGUUUUUUAUGUUCUAAGAUAUCAAAGCUAAUUAAAGUUGUAAUCAGGCAUUCGUGUUGAAAACGUCUGAAGAACAAUUGUUUAUUUGUUUAUUAUGACCUAUAUUAUGUAUAAUAAUAUAAUGUUUAAUGUCUUUUGAAUUAAAACCAUAAUGUUUGUUUCAUACAAAAAUAGCUAGUUGAUUAUGCAGGAUUGUUAAGUUUCGAUUAUUACUUAACUUAUCAUUUUUAUAGAGCAAAAAAAAACAUUUGUGUUGACAUAUCUGAAGUCAAAGAAAAGAUAGAUUAGUUUUUAUUAUUAGUUCGUUUAUACCUGUACCAGCUUGCUUAUUUUGUUAUUUUAUUUGUUGUUUUUAAUGCAGUUUAAAGUUAAUUUUAAAAUGAUAUAUUUAUGGGAGUAUCAUAUAUAUACUUUUUUUUUUUUUUAAUUUGUUAAUUUGUAUCAGUUUUACUUUCUAUAAGCACAGAAAAUAAGAAUACAUAAAUGAUAAUUACUUAUAGUGUAUAUAUUUAAUUUAAAAUGAAUAGUAUUUUUUCAUAAGAUGUUUGUUUUAUAGAUAUAUUUUGACUGUUUUUAAUUGGUUUUUCUCAGCCAGAUGAAGGUGUCAGUGUUUUUGUACCAGGACUUGUUUUCUGUGUUUCAUUGACUUCUGGAAUAAAAUAAAAUAUUCUUUAUAAUUUAACCAACAGAUAAAUCUGGUCAAAAUUAAUUUUAUUUCUCCUAUGUUUUUUAUUUUAGUUUCUUAAAAUACAAUUGCAUUAAGGUACAUAACAUUUGCAAACAUUUUAGCCUGUGUCUACUUUUAUAAAUUACCCAUCUAAGUUUUUAGUGAAUAACAAUUUGAUAACUUUGUGUAAUAUGUUAUUAUGGAGUGGAAAAGUCUCUAGCUGAAAGGCAAAACAAUAUUAUCUUCAUUACGAGAGAUAACCAGUAGUUUAAAUAUACACUAUUGCAUUUAAAAGGUCAAAUAGAAAAUAUUUGAUAGGUUAGAGAGACCAUAUUAUUGCAGUCACUUCAUAAUUAUUAUGCAGCUAUAGACAUUACUUUUAAUUGAAUACUAUAUAUAUUUUGAUAUAUUUGACUUUCAAUUUUUAGCAAAUUGUUAGAAAUGGUAGUGAAUCAUUUUGAUAAAAUACAAUUUUUAUUUUCCUAUAGAUGCAUUUUAAGAAUUAUGUAGUCUGAUUUUUUAUCAAUCAUAAACUGUGUUUUUUUAAAACUGUUUAAUAAAUGCAUUUUUUGUCGUUUUAUUAUUUGUCAUUAAAGUUUUAAAUGGUGAAAUACCAGUACAUGUAUUGCCUUUUUUUUCCCUUCAGUGGCAAUGCAGGCAAUGAUCAG